AUGGGAUGUCGAAGACGAACGCGAGAUUUAGAAGAUGUCCGAUGUGAGAAAUACACGGAUGGAAUCAGAUGGUGCCUGGCUGCGUGCGAUGCCAGUGCCAGCGCCAGCUGGCCCAUUCGUCCCUGUGGCAUGUGUCCGAACGAACACGAGCCUGGGUUUCCCAGUUCCACUGCCGUUACAACUUCGUCCGCCUUGAGCUCGGGUACAACUGUUACUGUUGAUUCCACUACUUUGGUCGGAAGCACCGAGUCUACUGCCGUGACAAUCACCGAGACCGAGACUGGGACCGCCACGACUGCGACCUCGGACGCGACGCUGACCUCCGAUCUAACGACACUCUUGACUGCCACCAGUGACUUGACAACCUUCACCACCGAAGCAGCCACUACAACCACCACCGCGGAGAGACCCGAAUCAACCCAAUUCAACAUCUACCCCAACCAAGGCGUCGACGCCAGCAGUCCUCUCAAACCCCCCGGCGGCUCAAUCUACUUCAACAACCCCAACUCCAACUACGCCACCGGCACAUUCGUCGUCAACGGCCGCGGCAAGCUCGUCAACGGGAAUCAACUCCUGUGCGCAUACUUCCGAACGGGUCAGCAGUUCGGCGACAUUGUUGGCUGCUCACCUGACGAGACCGAUCUUCGAUACGCACCCAUUGAUUGUGAGCUCGGCACUUCUGGUCAGCUUGAUUGUCAGGUCCAGGGCAAGUUCUGCUAUUACGAUCGGGACAUGCUUAUCUGUGAUGCGAGUGGCCUGUGUCCUUAUUUCUACAUUGAGAGUGCUGGGUCUUCUGGGUAUGGGCUUAUUCUGGGAUCAAACGGGCUUAAUCUCACGCCGGUUCAGCUUGCGGCUCAGCCUCAGCCACCUGAGCCUUAG